CACGCGAAGAAGAACAUAGGGUCCUUCUGGAGCCGGAACGACCCAGCGACCUUUUCCUACGAAGGGUACUUGAGAAAAAGAAGGACGAACACAAAUAGGGGAAAAUGGAAUUUCAGGAUCACGAUUACACGAACAACGGCUCUGAUAGAGCCAACCCCAUGGAGUUCACGUAUAAAAUGAGCUCAAAGGAAAUUGAAGACUUUGUGAAGCUGAGGGUUACAAAUAAAAACCUCUUCUCUGGGAGGAGAAACACUUCACUGUGGGCAUGGAGGGCCAUCCUGAAACAUAUGGGCUUGCAGCACAUGAUGACUCACAGACAAGCAUCCAAAAAAUGGGAAAACUUGAAGAAAAGAUAUAAGGGGCUGGUAAAUCCUCCAGAUGGGGUGAAAGUGUUCCCUGAAGCAUGGCCUUACUUCAGGCUGAUGGACGACGCCAUGCAGGGUCGGCUGGAAGGCAGCGCCCCCAUCCUCAAGGCGCACCCCAGCGACAACGGCGAUUACUUACCCUCCAAACCAAAGAAGAGAAAGGUGUCCAUGGUGAUGAACACCAAUGCAGAUUUGUUGGUUGGCGUGCCGGAGAUUGAGGUUUCCCUGAAUGGAGAUGAGGAGCUGGAGGAGGAGCAGGUGGUGGUGACGGCAGCAGCGGCGGUGGCGGCGCAGCGGGAUGGAAGCCAGGAGAUAGAUCGUAUGUUGCGAGAGGUGGACCAAGAGAGGGACAUGAUGGAUAGCGAAAGACAGGUGAUGGAGAGGGAGCGGCUGGUGCUGAACAGGGAGAGAGCCGUGCUGGACAGAGAGAUUGCCGCUCUGGACCGAGACCGAGCCUCGCUGGAGAGGGAGAGGGCGAUGAUAGAGAGAGAAAAGGCGGUGCUGGAGAGGGAGAAGGCGCUGGUGGCAAAGGACAGAAAUGCUGUGAGCAGAGAGCGGCUGAACCUGGAGCGAGACAAAACCAGGCUGGAGAGACUUUCUGUACCCAAAGAAAGGACUGAGGGGGAGACAGAGGACGACAGCCAGGUGUCAGACUCAGACAUCAUGGACAGGAGGGAGCGCUUCCUCAGCUUGUUUGAAAGACUUAUUGAAAAUUUUUGACUGGUGGGUUUCUUUUGUUUUUUUUUUGCACAAAACCUUCCCGAGGCAUUGCCACAUAAAAAAUGCACAUCAUACUUACAGGAACAGUUCACCCAGAAAUGAAAAUUCAGUCAUUAUCUACUCGCCCCAUGACGAUGAAUGUUGGGGGAAGUUUUGUAGUCCAUAAGUCAUUUCUGGAGCUUCGCAGCAAAACAGUGUUAAACAGCUGAGGAAUAUGUGAGACAUUUUUAACACAUAAAAACUGGACAAAGAAAAAAUUGCUCAGUACAGCUCAUCCGUGUCUGAUAGAGUUCCCAAACUGAUCUGCAAAGACGUUAUUUACCCCAUUUUUAAAACUGAAGUGUUCACUGUAGCUGCUAAUCUAAAUAUGUUAGCGCACACUCUGAAGCUUAACCAAGCCAAAUCAAAACCAAAGCUAAAUAGACCUUAGAUUGGUUUGCAAAGACAAUAUUUACAACCUCGAUGUGUUCCCACUUCACAUAGUGUGUGCAACGCUUUUGGCUUGGCAGCAGCAGUUAAGAUUUCAGCUUUAAAAGCAGCAUCGAUAACAUCUUUUAUAGUCAAUUUUGGACUCUGGUUCUAACAGAGACUUGGAUUUUGCCAGGUGAGCUGUGUGGAGCCAUUUUACAACAAGUCUCUAACUUCAGUUGUUUAGGAGAACGCUGUUUUGCUGUGUAGCCCCAGAAAGCUUUGGUUGGACCCCCGAGUCUUUACCCAACUUUCCAUCACCUUGAGAUACAAAGUAGAUAACAACUGAAUCUUCACUUUUAGGUGAACUUUUCCUUUAAACGCUAACCUAUGAGUUGUCAAUGAAAACGGUGAGCCACUCCUAGUUCGGAGAGGUCUUCAAAACAACUUUAUUCACUUGUGGUUAUUCCAUACAGAGCACACAAUAGCAAGCUAUUAGCAUUAUUCUUAACCCCAUCCACAAUCAAAAUCAACAACCCCCGCCCUCCCAAAUCAAACAAUAGUCUUUAUUUGAUCGACUCGAGACAUUAGAGUCUUUGGUUUAAGCUAUUGUGCACGGUUGAAAACAUCACUUUUUGAAAUGUUAUAUACCAAAUAUUGCAGUUCAUGUAAAAAAAAAAAAAAGGUUUGUUUUUUUCCAGAAUAUAUAUUUUUAUAUUACAGUACAGACUUUACAACAAAUGAUUGUGUUUAAAUGCGUCUUUUAUUGCAUUAGAUACUCAAUUUUACCUUUCAUUAAGCUUCAGCUUAAAUAAGUUUAUGCUAGUAUACAUAUUUCCAAAAGUGUUAGAUUUGUCAUUAAUAUUAAUAUUAUUAUUUUUACAAAACAAACAUAUUUAAACAAUGUUACUGGUUGGUGUUUUUUUUUUCUUUCUUGCCAGUCGUGAACAGACACUGAACAGAAACAUACAUGCCACGUGAGGGUUUUUAAUAAACUGAUGUCUCCAAAUGCCA